UUCAAAAUAAAAAUGGCAAGUUUGCUGUCCGCUAAGAAUCAGCUGUUCACCUGUGGCUUCGAGGUUUUCGGGGAGGUGCAGGGUGUUCAGAUGCGCAAAGCAACCCGCUCCUUAGCCUUGUCCAACGGGGUGCGCGGCUGGGUGAUGAACACGGAUCGGGGCACGGUGCAGGGGGAACUGGAGGGAACCUUGCCCAGUGUCAAUGAGCUCAAGUUCUGGCUGCUCUGCUUUGGCAGCGAGAAUGCCAUCGUGGAUCGGGCCGAGUUCACGCCCACUUUGGAGAUACCUGUCCACAGUUUCGACGGCUUCACCAUACGCUAUCAUCCAGAUCAGAGGGGGCGCCACUGACGAUCCUGCGGGGUUUCAGAGGCGGCAGAUAGGAUGUAUAUUUUUUCGGGAAGUGUAUUUUGGCGUUGACAAAAAUUGAUUGAUUGCUCUGAACGUGCAAAAUAAUAAAUAAAUAAACGAUCUUAACCAAGUCUGUAACUAUCGAA